AUGAAGUCCUCGGGAGGAAAGAGCCAGGUCCCCGGGGAGCAGGAGCAGCAUCCCCGGGCACCCACCGCGCGAGGACCCCUGGGGCAGAGCGGAGCCGUCAAAGCCUGCAAGCGGGUACGGAAGUUCGUAGCCCAGAAUGCAAUGCGCCUGCAGAAACUGGGAGUGACGCACGUCCUCAACCUGGCGGAGGGAACCUCCUUCAUGCAUGUCAACACCAGUGUGGAAUUCUACACGGGCACGGGCAUCACGUACCACGGCAUCAAGGCCAACGACACGAUGCAGUUCAACAUCAGUGCCUUCUUUGAGGAGGGGGCUGACUUUAUCGACAAGGCGCUAGCACACAAUAAUGGCAAAGGGAAGGUGUACGUGCACUGCAGAGAAGGCUACAGCCGCUCCCCCACCAUGGUGGUGGCUUACCUCAUGCUGCGCCACAGGAUGGAUGCCCGGCUGGCGGUGGCCACCUUGAGGCAGAAGAGAGAGAUCGGCCCUAACGACGGCUUCCUGCGCCAACUGUGCCAACUCAACGAGAAGCUGGCAAAGGAGGGCAAGCUGAACGGGGAGGUGGGCAAACUAAAGACCAAAUGAAAAGCCUCACAUCAUGCCUUUCACAGACUUCCAGCCACUCUGGGAGUCUGACCCCACCCUGACCAAACCAGCACCCAUCCGACACCAAGGAGUAUUCCAUACACAAACAUACAUGCAUUUAUCUGUGUAGAAAACUAUUCCUCACACACACACACACACACACGCACACGCGCACACACACACAUGCUGUUUUUUAUCUUCAGUUCACGUCUGCCACUGCUGCUCUGUAAGAGGACAUCCGUCAAAUCUUCUGCCUCCUCCUACAAAGAGUGUGAUCUUAAAUACUUCCUCUUUCCAAAACACACACACAACGCUCCACACUUGCAGAUCUCUCGCUGCAUAAAGUGGUGACUUAAAGCAUUCCUUCAAUCUCCAUAAGUUUGCCCUGAUUUUUAAGAUUUCCUUAAUAAAAAGUAAGAUUAUAGCACAAUCAUUCCAUAGUUUUCCACUGCCGGGAAUGUCAGUGUUGUCUCCAACAGCAGGAGUAUUCUUAAAAUUCCAAACAAACGUUUAGAUAUAAAAUGGCCACACAUGAUGCAGAUAAUAUAGGUCAGAAAGUGAUGUGUGAAUAGAUGGAGGGAAAAUUCCAAACAUUACAAGCCCCUCCACAGUUUGUACCCCUUAAAUGAUCUUCUUCCUUGAAGGGCAGAUAUUUAAUGCACAAACACAAAUGAUUCACACUCUAAUGCAAGCUGUAGCUCUGUAACAUUCCACUCGGCAUCCUGGACUCUCGGCCUCUAGUUUGACAGCGGUAGCGAUACAUCUGACACAUUCUGUAUCCCAGAGGCUCGCAGCAAGGACAGCAAAGGUCGAGCUUAUUAAAAAUAACGAGCUGCUGCGUGGGUUGCUCAUGUAGCGGCCAUGUUUCCAGUUGCUUUUUCAGUGACAUUAUUUUAAUUUGUCAUUGAGCUCAACGAGCCUGCACACGAGGCAAAUCACAUUCAGGCGAGUGAGUACUGGGAGCUCUAUCCUCUAACAUUCACAGAGGUAAUCUACAGUAUUUCAGUUCUAAAGUGGCUUGUUUACAAUUACAUAUAUAUCAUGACGUUAUAUUAUUUUCCUGUAGAGCAGGACUGCAUGACAAACUUCCUUUAUCGGGAUUACAUUUAUAGUUUGACAUCCCUACAGUGAUUGUGUUUUGGGUUAUCAAAACGCAGAUGACCAAAACGUACAAUAUAGACAGUAUUUGUUGCCUUUAACUUAGACAACUCUCAAGUUAAGCCAGCUAAUAUAAAUACGCUUUUCACACGCUUGUUGUGAAGACCUCCAAAAACAUUAAAAGUCCUGAACAACAGGAGCACUGUUUAAUUUAUUUGACCUAUCCUCUUUUUUCAUUUAAAUACUUUGAUGUACUGCAGGUGAGGUAAUGCUUCUGUUGUCUGCAGUAUAUAUUUUUGUCUUGCGUUGUCAGCAUCUUAUCUUUAUAUUUUCGUCUUCUAUCCACAUUAAGCAGGUGUUUUCGUACUUGAAAAAAUGUGCUCUUAUGAAACAAUGACGUAAGCGUGAUCACUCAUUUAAAAUCCAAUCACAUAGCAGAGCUGUUAAGCCCUGCUGCUAAGCCCUGCUGCUAACAAAUAUUUGGUGUGGUCAGUUGUUUUUAAGAUUUCCUACUUACCCACAUUACCUACGGUACACUUACAGACUAGUAGCUUAAAUGGGUUAAAGGCGAACUUCACCAGGUUUACCAAUUUCAAACUAGAGGCCUUUAGUUUUGAGAUGCCUCCCACUAACUCUUCUAACAGAGCGGUCCAGUCAUCACGCCACAGAGUUGUCCACUGCCAUACGGUCAGCACCACUGUUUCAUCCACACAGUCUGUCAGAGGCCCUUUCCCAACAUGGCUCACUCCUACAUGUGUGUGUUAAUUAUGCCUGACUUUACACCCAUACACAUCGGGUCAAAUUACAAUGUUUUGUUUGUAUGUACUUCAGCAUUGCAAUAUAUGUCAAUACCCUGAUCAGAUAUAUAGAAUGUAAUCACAUCUAAAUAUGACUAUUCAGGCUCUAGUUGUUACAUAUAGGCAACAGUAGUUCUACAAUACACUUUAAAAGUAUUUAUUACUUGGCAUAAUACUGUAAACUAAACCUAGUGCCAGGAAGGACGGAGAUGGGGUGUCUUUAAAGGAAUAUUUAUCCCACUAAAAUGAACAUUUAUGCAUCGAUUACCCAUGCUGUGUUACCUUGAAGAAAACCUUUUCCUACCUCGAUGGUAACAACAAAUUAAAAAACGUUAUAGAUGACAUUUAACAACAGCAAAAUGAUAUUGAAACGUACAAUUAUAUACGCUCACUCUUUACCGUAAAAUUAUUGUAAAAACCGCUUGCCUAAACAUUCUGCAAAAAAAAAUGCAAUUUAGAUGUAGUGCGCAUACAACUCAGUAACAGAGACUUGGAUUUACUGCACAAGUGUUACGAGAUAACAUUUUUAAAGUUUUUCUGUUAUUGAACUCAUCCUCAUUUUCUUUAAAAUACAUUAAAAAAACCUAACCAUAACAAAAGAAAAAAGAGUUUUCUUCAAGAAUACAACCUAACCCAAGAAGAGUCAUUUCUAUAUAAAUGAUCAUUUUAAGGUGUAAAGAAUUCCUUCUAAACCCCCACUCCACGGAGCUGUUUUUCGAGGUGGACUCCCAUCAAAGUGCAGGGGUUUGAGCUGGAUCAGCACCAGCAUCCCUCCAGAGUUCCGACUCUUUGUCCCACACAUCACAAUCCUCCUGAACAAACGGCCUCGGGGCAUGAAUGCAGGGGCAUAGUCGUCUCACUAGAGAGGAGAAUGGAAACUAGGUUGUCUCACCUCAUUAAUGGCACUAUUUAUUCCUCCUUUGAUAUAUCUGUAUACAUAUGAAUAUAUACAUGUAUACUGUAUAUACAUAUUUAAGUGUUGACAUAUGUGAAUGUAUGAGCAAUGUGUCUAUUAACGUGUAGGUAUCGUCAGUACGUCUUUAUAUAUCAUGUUAUAUUUGUAUAUGGUGCAUCGAGGAAUCCAUCGGUUACAUGUACAUUCAUAUUGAAAUGUAAUGUACAUGUAAACUGUUGUCUUUGUGAUUGUGACGUUUCAUAAUUGUGCAAAAGUUGCUUAUGAUCAGCAGGGUUUACCAAGCUGGGAUACUGAGGCAUGUGAUCAUCCUGUUUGAUAAUGUUUCGUACAGUCUUUAAGUUUUCAUGGUAGUUUAUUCAUAGUAUACAGCAAGAUGCAGGUGGCAGCAUAAGAUGGAUAUGAAUUAUCCUCCAUAUGGCCACACACGUCAUCAUGUCAAAGGAUACACUCAUCCCAUCAAAAACAUUUACAGCUAAAUGUUAUGUGAUGAUCUAUAUUUGAGUUUCCAGAUACACUUUCCUUUUCAAUGCAAUGUUUUCAGCAGCAAAACAAUUAUCCUUCAAUAGGCUGCAGACUCCUAGUAAAGAGAAACAUCCAGUAUGUGUUGUGAGAUUUCAUGAUGAAAGAACUAAUGUAGUUUUUGUGCAAAAAAUUAAAUAAGACUAUUGUUAUUAUUGUAAGUCAGUUGCAUAUAAGCCGUAUUUCAAGUCAGUUUUAUACAUGUGGAUGUGUGCAAACUGCGGGAGAGUAAUGCGACGGCAGUGGAUAAAUAAGACCUGCAGACUUGUUGCUGCUACUUGCGCCACCUCCAAAUAUUUGGGUUUGGUAAUGUAACCUUUGAAGACAUCACAUUUGGCUUUGGGAAUAAUGAUUUCACUUUUACAUUGGGGAAAAAAUACUCCAGACUGAAAUUAAAAUACAACCAGCGUGGUCAAAUAGCAAUCUAAUUUAAUAAAAUCCAAUCUUUUAAUCCAAUUUCAAAAAUUGCAUUCAAAUGUCAAGUGUUUCUUUAGCCUUUGCUCAUUAUAGGAUUAAAGAUCAUGUUUCAAUCAAAUAUUAUCACAGGAAGUUAGAAAUUAGGUGCUGGUUGUUUUUUUCCUUUAGUCAUCUCAUGCACUUGAAAAUGUUUCAAAAUGUUAAAGCAACACACCCAAUAUCACAUAUCUUGCAAGCCCUCUUUCCUGUUGUGUGUCUAGAAAGAUGAAUCGGGUGCAGUGGCUCCAAUUUGAGACCAUUUUCAAGUCAAAAUGUCUUUCAGUUCAUUUUCCUACCGCCUUGUCAUGAACCCCAAACCAUACAGCAGCGAAGAUAGAUUGAAGAUACAACAAAAAAAGAGAAAUGCUUACCUUUGUGCCCUCACACAAAAACAUUAAACACCAAGAUUGUCUUGUGCCAAGUGGCCUACUGUACAAAAUACAGUCAAUGUUUAUGAUUGGCUUUUUAAAUGUCAUUCCAAUGGGCUGGGGUUUCACUCACCAAUUUUCACAUCUGCUCUACAAUACUGCCCUCCUUCUGAAUUCACACAAGCAACAACUAUUUAGGAUUUCUGGAGUUUUACAUAACAAAAACUUGAGAAUGAUUGCCCUAAACUCGGUCCAGGAUGAGGGUAUGUACUUUAUAGCAUCAUAACUCCCGAGAUAGGGUCUAAUAAACACUAGCCAAACUAGCCAUGGUAGAUGUUUUCCAACGCAUUUUGUAGCCACUAUUUAUAAAAGAAAAAAAUCCUCCUUUUUGGACGAAGAAAAGAUAAAAAAAGUUUUCCUAAAAGGAAAGCGUCUAUGAUGGCUACACCGCUGGUUUUACUCUUUUUACGCGUAACAGAUAUACACUGCCACCUGCUGUUCAACAAAUGUUGUUAUUUUUAGCAUUACUCGUCCGAUCUUUUUUAAUGUCUUUAAUGUGAAACUCUGUUAUGUCCAGACUUCCUGUGUUUUGUUUAACAAGGUACCAGCAUAGUUUUGUGGGUAAUACUCCAGGUACAGUACUAAAUGUAUUAUCGAGAAUGUCUAAUGUGAAAUGCCAUUGAUGUAUUUUGUUAUAUAUACUGAGUAUGUAUCACGGACUAAGGCAAUUGUGAAUUGCUGCAUUUUACGGUCUUAACCGGCCGACUAUAUAGAUAGGACUUUGUAUGAUGUUGAAUCUAGUGAGCUGAAAUUGCAAAUUAUAUGACUUCUUUCACCUUUUUAAUUUGUUUUAUUUAUUUAGAUUUGUCCUGUUACAAGAAUGUAAGUUGAUUAUAGUUAAUUACAUUUUCCCUGCUAAAAUAGACUUUUUUUGGAACAGUAGGAUUGUGACCUACUUCUAUUGUCUUAAGCUUAACACAGUACGUCAUUAUCUGUUUUUAUUUUCUUUCGGAUGAGUCACCUAUAAUGGUACCUGGACCAGAUGGUAAUUGUAAUUCAUUCAUGGUGCUUGCCUGGAAACCAGAAAGAGAGGAGGAUUAAAUCACUCCGAGAGAGCCAGGUAGUUUUUUUUAUCACAGUAAAGAACACUAAAUUGACUUUGAGUCGAAUGCGCAGUCCCAUGUGGCGUAUCUCAGCCAUCUGUGCUGAAGUAAGCAAAAACCUGAGAUGUUUAAACCCUCUGUGACUGACUGUCAAUAUUUUACAUCAUGGAAAGUCAUCUGGCUGAACUUAUCUGAAUUUUGCAUGAUGCAAUAAACUCCAUCCGAUCUGGUACUCUUGAGAGCGCUCAAACAAACACCGGAAAUGACUUACAAAUGCUGUUUGGACCAGGUGAAGUGCAGAGCUGCCAUGUCCUUCUUCUUGCUCCCAUUCUUAAAAAAAUAAGAAUUGUUUUAGCACAAUGAGCCCACUGCCUGACUCCACCCGGAGUCCAUGACACAGUCCACGUCUUAUCUCUUCACGUUUCUGUUGGUGUACAGAUGUUUCGGAGGAUUAUGUUGUGAUUUUGGAUCAGCUGUUCAAUGGGUAUUCCACAUGUAUAUUUGUCACCGCCACUGACAUCUCAAUGAACACAGCACCCCACCCAAAGCCUUACAGUAAAGAUUGAUUCUUUAGAUUGUUUUUAAGUUUGUGUAUCUUACUUCACACAGCAGGAAGGGAUGCUCCCUUACAGGAUGAGACAUUGUUGAAGUGCACUUGAUUUUAAAUUGCAAUGUUGAGUUUUCUUACCUUGAAGAAGUCCCUUCUUUCUUAUGUUUAAGAAAUAAAUGGCUGAGGUACUAACAUCUGAUC